GAGUCAGCCUCUGUCACAGCAAACUCCUCAUACUGACACUACAGCUUCAGACCUCACAGCAUUUCUCACUAGUUGUGGGCUAACUCAAUAUCAGGAUAAGUUCAUUGAGAAUGGCUACACUAAUAUGUCCAACUUUACCAAUUAUGAGCCCGAUGAUAUAUCUGAAAUGGCCAAUGUUAUAAACCUCCUUCCUGGCCACAAGGCAGAUUUAAAGGUUGCAAUACAGAAGCUCAAGGAAUCUACUGCAGCCAAUGGAGCACACCCUGAUAUCAACUUCUACAUUGAACCAAUAAAUGCAAUUCAGAAACUGAGCACAUACCUCAUUCAAGGCAAAUUUUGUCUUAUCAAAGUUAGGGGCUUUGGUUGUGGUCUACAGAUCUAUGUGAUAUCUUUUAAUGGUGGCAUUCAGUUAGAAUGUGGAGUUGAUGAGUUCUGGUAG